AUUUUGGUUAUCCGCUUGGAUUUGAUUAAUAAGUGUCAACAAUGUCAACAUUUGUCAACAAAAAUAAUUUUAUCGUUAUCAGCAAAUGUUGGUUAAAAAUGUGGAAAUUUUUGUAAAUUCAAGAAAACACCUAAGAAAGAAUUCUUUGGAAAAUACAAACAUUGAAUUAGAUUGCUAUGGAUCUACAUAAACCGGUGGAUCUAACUAAUAGGAGUAUAGACGAUCUUACUUCUGAAGAAAAAUGGAGGCUGGAGCAUCAAAAGAUUCAUGAACAACAUAAGGGCCAUGAGAAGAUGCAUGCUGAAAUGGUCAUCAUCUUAAUUGUUACAGUUAUAGUAGCCCAAGUUGUACUUAUAGAAUGGAAAAAACGUCACUACAGGAGUUAUUCAAUAGUAACCUUACUGGGCAUGUGGGUAGUCCCCAUAAUAUUGUGCCUUCGAAACCACUGGUGGCGUUUCAUUUUUACAUGGUUGUUGUUUUCCUGCAUAACAGGUCUCAUAGUUAGAAAAGCAUUACAAAAGCCUAUUGAUAGAACCACUCCAAGAUUGGUUUACAAGUGGUUCCUUUUACUGUAUAAACUGAGUUACGUUCUUGGUCUCGUAGGCUAUUUUAUAAUGAUGGCCACAUUCUUUGGACUUAAUCUGCUGUUCAAUGCAAAACCCAAUGAUUGGAUGGAUUGUGGUUUAAUAUUUAUAUUCUAUGGAUUGUAUUAUGGAGUAUUGGGUAGGGACAUAUCUGAGAUAUGUUCUGAUAAAAUGGCAGCUCAUAUAGGGUAUUAUUCACCUCAAGGCAUUAGUACAAGAAGUUUAGAUAACAACGUUUGCGCCGUGUGUGGUAACAAAUUGCUCGUAGCGGAGGAUGAGGAAGGUGUGCUAGAAAAUACUUACAAAUUAUCAUGUAAUCAUGUUUUUCACGAGUUCUGUAUACGAGGUUGGUGCAUAGUGGGCAAAAAACAAACGUGCCCGUACUGUAAAGAGAAAGUGGACUUGAAGAAAAUCUUCUCCAACCCCUGGGAAAAACCACACAUGCUUUUUGGCCAGUUGCUGGACUGGAUCAGGUGGUUGGUUGCUUGGCAACCAAUGGUAUUGUUUUUGGUGCAAGCUAUAAACUGGACUUUAGGACUUGAAUAAAUUUUUAUACUGCCUUUGUUAUCCUGUGAGAUAUGUCAGAUAGGUCGUGUUUUGAUUUUUGUCUUGAUUUGGCAUAAAAAUGAAAAGCUAACGUUUUAUUGUCACGCUGUUCAAAAUAUCUGAAUAUUAUUCUAGGUUAAUAAAAAAGUUUCAACAACUGUUCUCUCAUAAGAGCUGUAUCAAGAAUUGGAUAAAAAUUAAUAGUACAGUAAUAUGUGGUCAGAGUUACAGCAUUAAAUUUGAAAUUAUAUACCUUAAUUACUACUGUAUUUUCACGCAGGACAUAAGGUUCGAUUUUUAAAAUACAAUUACAACAUUUGGAUAUUCUGAUUUUUAAAUGGCACUUCAAAUGAAAAUGCUCAAGCCGAUUGAAUUGCCAGUCAGUCGUCCAUGUCAUGACUUUUAAUAUCACUUUUUGCGAUGGCAAUUAUCCAUGUUACCAAUAUAUAUGAUUAAUUAAAAUCUAAAAAACGACCUAAAAUGAGAAACGGUAUCUUGUUGAUUAGCUAUACUUAAUUAACUUGAGAUUUUCUGAUAGUUUAUAUGAAAAUAUUGCCUAAUGAAAAAUGUAUCCAAUGUCUUUCAUAUAAUUGCAUGACUACGUCUUGAACAACUUAUUGAAUACAAAAAGUUUCGGGAACUUUUUCUGUUGUAAAUUUUUCCAUGUACAUUCAUGGUGAUUAAUAAUGAAACUUUCUUCAAUCAUCAUAAGAUUAUAUGCUUACAAAAACUUUGGAGUUCUUAUGUGAAUAGAUGAUGAAACAGAAAUGUCACGGAAAAUCAAUUUUUCACAUUAUGGUUAAUUUUAAUAUUAUUUUUCUUUUAGGCAAUAUUUUAAUAUGGAUUCUGUAUCAGUAUUCGUACGGCAUAAGUUAAUGCUGAGAAAAUAACGUCAUCUUGGGCGUGAAAGGUUCGAACCCAUAUAGACAAACAUAUACAACUUCAAAAGUAGAUACACAUGCCCACACAUCCGAAUACGGGUGUAACCUGAGGAAACGAAGAUGAUGAGGGAAAAAACUAAACAUUCAUUCAUUUCUGGCUUGAUGAAGCCAGCCAGCAGAAAUAAGUAUCGCUCGGGUUACCUAUCUUAUUUUCUGCUCGUAACCACUUUCCUCCUUUUUGCGGAUUUUGUCCAUUAUUUUCAUACUUUUUUGUUAUACACCUUUCUCCGCAUGAUCAUUUCCUCUUUGUAGAUCCUUUGGGCUUGAAGUACCACAGCAAGUGGCUAUAACCGGCCGCGUGGUUGUGGUUAGAUGUCUCCUUGAAAAUUCUUUUAUGCUACAAUGUGUAGGUUAGCUCUUGGACUUCGUGUGUCAUUUUUUUCCCUCUCCAUCUGCGUUUCCUCAGGUUAUACCAUAUAUGAUAUAUAUAUAUAUAUAUAUAGACGGUUCACUACCGCUCAAAAGUUUUGGGACAGUAGAUUUUUUGAGGGAAAUCAAACCAUAGAGUGUGUUUAAUCAAAAAAAAAAUAAAAAAGAAUCUAUUUUCCACUGAAACUUAAUCAGUUGGUAACCUAUUUCAAUCAAAAUUUACUUUAAAUUCGUGAUUCAUCGAAAUGUCCACCACGAGCCUGAAUAACUGCAUUACAGACACGACUCAUCCGACGUAUGAAUUUUUCAAGAAUAGUUGGUGAUAAGGAUACCCACGCUUCGUGCACCUUGGCCCAAAAGUCUGCAGCACUAGUUGGCUCUUGUUGCUUCACCUGUCUGUACAAUUCAAUCCACAAAUACUCGACAGGAGACAAAUCAUAUUCAAUGAUGUGUUCAUAUAUGAUUCUUUUAAGAGCUUCUCGACAUCUAACAGUACAUUAAAUGGCCGCAUGUUUUUUUAUACAGCUCAGAAUUUUGCAUUUUCAGAACAGGAUUAAUUGUAGAACAUUUGAAUUUCGAAGGAAAUUCGCCAUACACUAAACAGUGAUUCACUAACAAUAAUGUCUUCUCUCCAGUAAUGUGAAACAUUCUUUUAGAACCAUUUGUGAGAGAUGUUCACCAGGAUUUUCAUUCGAUUUUAAUCUUGAAAUAUCUUUUCAAAGACGGAUGAUGUUUAUUGUUUUUAAUUGACUUAUAGUAGAAUUAUAGGUAACUUGCAUGUGACAAGUUUGGAUUCCCAUCUUGGAUUGACUCCAGUAUCUCGUUUAUAUUUUCUAUAAAAUAAGCGUUAAUUCGUUCUGCAAUCAAUAUUUUCUGUGUUACUAUACCAUCUUCCAAGCACAUUCUCAAUGAUUCAUUCGUGAUACUGGGAAAUAUAAUAUUUGUUAGUGUCUUCCACAUCAGUUUACUGAUAUUUUCAUUGCUAUCGAUCUUGUUUUCAUGAUGUUUUUUCUUUUCAUUCCUAAAAUUUGUAAAACACCUGUUUCUUGAUUUAAUGGGAUUAUGUGCAUUUUAUAUGGUACAAUCUAGGAAAUGAAUCAUGUUUUUCUCAACAUCAACCUCGUCAUUGCAACUGGAGCACUCGAAUGGUCCACUCCUACUUGCCUUUAUAUCUUAGCUUAUUUCUUCACUGCUGUGACGCUGUACCCUUUUAUAUUGCCGUUCACUCUUCUUUAUCUUUUUUUUUUGUUCUUCUCUAGCUUUUCAUUUUUCUUCCCUUUUUAGUUUGGCCUCCUCGAGAUUUCUUGUUUUUAUAUAAUAUUUUACACAGCAAUACAUUAAGGGGAAGACAUACUAUAUAUGGAACUAAGAUAUUUUUCUUCUUUUUUUUUUGUUUCCCUUUUGUAUCACUUCUCUGAGUGUCGUUCAAAAGAUGUUUGUCCAUUUUGCUGCAUCAGUCUAGGUGAUGAUAAUUUAUUGACAUCAAACGAUGCUUCAAAUGAUACUAUACUUUGGUUGUUGCUUAUUUAUGUUGAUUGAUAAAGAUUGUCAGAUUUAAUAAUGACUUGCGAAUGUAUAAUUUGCUCGUUUUUAUGUGACGAUAAUAAUUCAUCUUCUGAAAUUGGUGAAGAACACUGAAAUUUUCGUCUCCGUUGAUUUAUAUUCUGGAUAAAUAUGUUCCUAAUCUGCAUGUUUCUGAAGUUGUAAAUUUUCAUAAGGCUUUUUCAUGCUGCUGAUGUCUAACAGCUGAUUUUUCUCAUUUUCGUAACAUUUUAUUUCGUCCAAAACUAUAUCGGUGGCAUUUUCCAUUUCAUAAUUGUAAAAAGUUGUUUGAUACUUCACAAAAAUUAAAUUUGUUCACUGUGGCAUUCAUAUUUUCUGGAAGCCGUUGCUAUUUUCUCACUGUUUUCUGCCAUUCCGAUUUGAAUGGCUUAAAAACGCUGGCAUCGGUAGGAUGUAAUAUGUGGGUUGAAUUUGGGGUGAAAGCGGCGUAGAGAAUUAUUCCGCUCUAUUGACAGAACUCGCUUAGUAGCAAAGUCAUGUGGGACCUAUGCCCAAGAAUAUAAUAAUUGGCUUUGGAAUUUUUCUUCUAGCCACUCGUUAAAACCUUGGCGAUGUACUCAAAAAAUACACCACCUUUCAUCCAACCACUGCCCCACCUUCCUAAAAUACUCUGAUCAUGUAUAUUUUCUACUAUGGCUCUGAGUCGUUCUAACAUAUGGAAAUACAACUAAUGGAGAUUCUAUUUUCCCAUCUGCGGAAAAUGUUAUAAGAACGGUUAUAUUAUAUUUUUCUUUGCCCAAAUUUAUGUAUGUAUGAGCCAAUAUCUUCCCCGUUUUCGGGCAAACUGAAUAACCAGACUCAUCAGUGUUACAUAUUGUUGAGUAACAAUCUCGCAAGCAUUAUUUACACUUUCAGAUUCUCGUAAACUAAUUUCCGGGUGUCGCUUCAAAAAAUUAUAUACCGCUUUUGUCCUGGUAUUCCGGCCUUGAAAUACUUAUCUUUCCCUGAAUCCUUUGCCAGUUUCUCAACGAUAUCCAAAAGGUCGUUUUUUUAGAGCAAAUCCACAUUUUUCACAUUUUGUCACCAACUCUUUUAGCUUGCGAUCAAUGUUAUAGCCAAGUAGAGGCUUAGAUCAUUUUUUUUUUGUUUAUUUCCGGUUGACCCGCCUUUCAUUCGAUCUAUGAUUGUAGUUACAGGAACAUUGAAUUACUGGCUUCAUUAAUGCUUAAAUUUCCCGCUUUUGGUUAACAUCAUCUGUAUAUUCAAAAAAUGUCUUCCUUCUCUGCAUUUUAAUAUUUGCAUUUUCUUCAAAUUUCGUUCCUUUCUAGUUGGCAUCUCUGUAAAUAAAUGUUUUUUAGUACCCAAUAUAGGGUAAUAAAACGAAGGCCCUCCAUAUUCAUGGUCGAAAACUUGCACUACUAUAUACCAGAAUCCAAAAUUUUCAAAACCCAUAAAAUAAAAAAGAUACGAACAACAUAUUCUGAAUUACCCUGUUUUCGACCAGCCAUUCGAAAAAAGGGAGAACAUUGAUUUUCAGUGUCUAUUAUGCGGCCACCAUGUUAUAUAAAAAUCAAUUUAAACCACAUUUACGCAGAACAUACAAGCGGUAUUAUCGUUAAAUUACAAAAAUAAUGCUGAACAAAUAUUUUACUUACCGCUCAUUUCCGAUAGCACAGUAUACUAAGGCUUUUCUAUAAAAAGUACUGUUGCAGGUGAUGUGACUGCUUACUGUUCCAUGUUCGUACUGAAAGGUUACUUUUAAUAUUACACUGCUGAAUUUAUCUUACUGGUGUGGGAAGCAUGGUCGAAAAGUGUUAAUCUUAAAGAAACAAUAAUUGGUCAACAAGUUCGAGUGGUCGGGUAAUCGACGCAGUGACCAUAUGGAUUUACGUCUGAAAACAUGUAUGUUUGCAUCACCUCGUGAUUAUGGAUCACCUUGUCGAGAUAAAAAUAUUUUCCAAAUAAGGAGCAUACCGUUGGCUACCAUUUUCGUAAUCAACUUUUUUAGAUACCAUGCGUAAUAACGGAGUUAUCGGUCGAACGAAUACUAAAAACUCGCCCUGUAUGCACUAAGAACCAAAUUUGUCUAUCGGCUUGAGUUCAAUGUGUAGGAGAGAGACAUAUGUUAGAAAGAGAUACAGUUGCCGGCACCUACCAAGAUUUACUCUCGGACAGACAUAUCUUCUACCCCUGAAAGUGAAAGCAAAUAGGAACGCUCGAUAUGGUGGAGGGUUGUACUUAAUGACAUGUUAUUGUUUCACUAGGCAGUGACGUGCUCUGAAAUUUUUCACGUUGGUCAUAUGAAUUGGAGAAAGUAUCUUCUGCUUAAUUUAAAAAAACAUUAGUUUUGUUUGCGCUUAGGUUAAUAAUGGAACACUUGUUUCCGCUAUAUUUAUUACCUAUAUUUUUACAUGUAUAUUGUUAUUAGAUGUAUAUGUACAAAGUAGUGUUGUAGCGAUUACCCAAAACAGAAUUAAUACGAAUCAAUCAAAAAACCAUUUACAGAAGUCCGCAGCUUAGUAUAAGACGAUUAAAAAAGGUCAAGACUGUUUGAAAGCCUAAUGUUUACCUAAAUAUAUCCGAAACAUGAAUAUAUCUAAUAGGAUAUUCACCUUUAAACUGCAAAAUAAAAAUGUAUGUCAUUAUCCUGCUUGUAAACACAUGCUACAUUUCUUUAUGAGGGUAAGCACUCGCUAUCUUCCACAUCACGAUCACUGUCACUAUCGCUGCCAUCAUCUCCGAUGUUAAUAAUAAAUUCACAUGUGGCGUAUAACUUAUGUUCCCGUUCCAGAUACUCCGUUUCAAUUUUGAUGACAUGCUCACAUCGUUUUUUCCAAUCAUUUGGUGUUAUCUUUGAAAAUUCCUCCUCCGCUAUUCGCUGUGCGUCAUCUAAAGUAAAUGUGAUAUUUCGAUCUGCAACUCUGUUUUUCACUGUAGCCCAUAUCAAUUCAAUUUAAAUCGGGAUGAUAUGGAGGUAGUCGUAUAACUGUGUGUCCGUGCAUGCGUAAAAGUACAUCAUAUUAUUUAUACUGUAUGAAUUGUUGCUUAUUUUGCUUUAUCAUUUCAUAAAUUUGUGGUUUCAGCAUAGUCGGUGUGAAUCUAAUAUUAUUAGAUACAAGCCAGUCAACCAUUACUUGCUUCCGAGCGUUGCAGUUUGGUGCAGGAUCCACUUGUAUAUUGUGAUAAGGUGCAUUAUCAGUAAGUAUCACAAAAUUUGGUGGCAAAUUUGGAAUAAGCUGCUGCUUCAACCAUUUCUCGUAACUUUUAGCCCUAGUAUGCCCGGCAUGUAUGUAAGACUCAUCUAGGUAUAUAAUUUUGCGGCCUUGUUCUCGGAAGUACUUGAUUUUCUGUAAAUAGCUGAUUCUUAUUUGACGAAUGUGCCAUUUCUCGAUGAGUAAUUUUCUAUUACUCUGUAUUUUUUUCAUUUGAAGCCGAGUUGUUUAACUCUUUCAGGGGCAAGAUAUAUUCAUAAAAAAAGUCCUAGAGGGGCAAGAAUUUAUGUCUUUUUAUUCAACUUUAAAGCAUCAAAACAGCUAAAAAAAAGUUAUAAAACUACAUAAAAAAUAAACUAGAAUAGUUAUUUUAACAAUUUUUGUGGUAAAACUGGUGGUACAGUUUAUGUACCAGCGCACAAUAACGAAACUAAAAUAUAAAUUAUUUUCUAUGAUAAUCUUGAAAGCAAGUUUUGUCUUUUCCUAGACAAAGAGGUACUUCGCACACUGAGCAAAUCCAGUCAGUCCUAACCUGCUUUUUUGAGGUGCUACACCUAGCACAUCGGCGUCUGGUGUCCUUUUUAGGUUGAUGCGCACUCUCAGUGAUUCUCACUUCCACAGGCACAUAUGGUUUUUGCUUUUUUAUAGCCACACCAGUAGAUGAAGAUGAUUGUCUUUUUUUUGCCACGAUGGUUUCUGCAACCAAGAAAUUAAUCACCUCUCUUCUAAAGUCCUUCAUUGACAAUUUUGGCAUGUUAAGUUCUUUAUAUAAGACAAACGAAUUUACAAGUGCUGCAUCGAGGAAAUAGAAGAAAAUGCGGUGCCACCACUUCUUUGCUUUCCGGUCAAUCUUAUAAACAUUAAGAUUUUGAUCGAAUUUGUCUACAAAGUUCAUGUUCUGAUUAUAAUCGAUCAAUGCAAUCGGACAGGGGACUUUCUCAAUGACACCAUUUUUGUUUUUCCUCUCAACUUCUGUAAAACCUGUGGGAUCCUGAAAAUUUGAUAAA